AUGAGCACCCAGAAGAAGACCCACAGCCCCACUGAGAAUGGCAGUCCCUCAAAGAAGCAACGCUCCUCGGCAGUAGCGGAUGAGCACUGCCCGAGUGCUGCAACUGCAGUUGCCGUUGGCUCCGGUGCGGGUGAGCAGACGCCGCCGUGGGCGCCGACCACCGUCUCCACCAUCGACAUGUGCUACUACUGCUUUGACGUGCUGUACGCUCGUCUACACAAUCAGCCCCUACCUAGUGCGCCCAGCUUUACCAACGAACCAUUCGCUGCCUUUGUUACCUGGAAAUCGGGCAGCAGACUGCGCGGAUGCAUUGGUAACUUCAAGCCAUUUCCACUUCACGAUAUUCUCAGACGCUUGACCUGGUCGAGUGCCAACGACAGCCGCUUUGCUCCCAUAGCAAAAGAAGAGCUUGACAAGUUGACCGUUUCCAUUUCGCUGCUAAAGGACUUUGAAGAAUGUAGCAGCUGGAAGGACUGGGACGUGGGAGCCCAUGGCGUGGAGAUGCACUACAUUGACGACAUUGGCAAUCAGUACUCGUCCACUUUUCUGCCAGAGGUUGCAAAGGAACAAAACUGGGAUCACAAAACCACUAUCUUGGAGCUGCUGCGCAAGGCAGGCUACAAACGAGGUGGGAUCAGUGAAGAGCUGUUUUCUAAAAUCCGCCUGAAACGUUACAGCAGCGAGAAGAUCAGCGCUAGCUUCGAAGCUUACAAGUCCAAUGCUAAAUCAAUGCUAUCUAUUAUCAAUUAA